AUGACCGCCUCCUCCUCUGCGCUGGCUGCGCUUCUGAAGAACUCGACUCUCGAUGACCACGAACAAAUCCUUGAUGCAUGCAACAAGACCCUCCAAUCGUCCAAGUCGAACCUAGAAGCUCAACAUGUCAAACUUAUCGCCCUCCUGAAAUUGGAUCGAUACGAGGAUGCUGUCAAAUUCGCCGACACGGCAGGUGACACUCUGCGUAAGGCAGCGCAAUUCGAGUAUGCAUAUGCGCUGUACAAAACGGGACGAUUAGAGGAAGCCGCUGCGAUCUCUUCAGAGAUACAGAGUAGGGGUGCUAAUCACCUUGAAGCGCAGGCGAGAUACCGGCUCGAAGACUCGGUGACGACGUCUGAGCUCUACCGGCGCCUCAGAAACACUCAGGAUGAAGCGGAGAUCUACGAUUUGCGUGUCAACCAGGGCGCAAUAGAUGCCCAAGCCCAAUGGAUAGGAGUUACAGAUGUUAAGUCAAUACGGAGGCCUGGAAGAGAGGACCUGGAAGCUUUUGAGACUGCAUACAAUGCCGCCUGCGGAAGCAUCGCAAGAGACGAAUAUGCACAGGCCGAAGUGCUCUUGAAGAGAGCAAAGGAGCUAUGCAGGCAUUCAGAAGACCUCACAGAUCAGCAAAAGCAGGACGAACUACUUCCCAUUGCUGUUCAACAAUUGUAUGUGCUACUAUGCCUGGGGAAGAGUUCGGAGGCCAAAGCGAUCGCCGCAGAGAUCACCCUUGAAGAGGCCUCUGACUUAUCUACACGACACAUUGCCCAGAACAAUAUUCUGCUGACCCAAGAAACGGAGAAUCCAUUUCUUGCCUACAAACAAUUCCAUGCUACUGACAAGAUUCCGCCGGAUGACAAGCUCUUUUCUUACCAGAAUGGACCCCUGAAAUCCAACGAAGCGACUCUAGAUCUGCGGGCUUUCAAGUUUGAUGGCUUGAAAUCAUCCAAACGCAUCUCACGUGAAUCGGGAAUCUCGACUGAGGACCUCAUCUCCUCAUCCUCGAAGGCAACUGCGGUGGCAGGCAACGAAACUGGCAAGGCUGCUCUUCGGAAGAUGUCGUCCCUUCUGCAAAGACGGCCCAACGAUAUUGGCAUUAUCAUUACCUUGAUCCAGCUAUAUGUCUUGAACGGUGAUAGCACGUCUGCAGUGGAGCUAAUGGAAUCUUUUCUGACGAGAAUGGAGCAGUCUGCCGCUGAAAUUGAGCAAGGGAUCAGAUUCAAUCCUCUUCUUGUGAGUCUUUUGAUCAGCUUGUAUAGAUAUCGAAACCAAAAGGCGCACGUCAAGAAAGAACUUGCAAGCGCCGCUGCAUACUGGCACACCCGCCCCAAUCCUCCCGCGAGCCUCUUGAUUGCAGCCGGCGUUUCACUGCUGGAGUCCCAUGACGAAGCCGACGCCAAGUUGGCAUCGGAAAUAUUUGCCAGACUGAAGGAACAACAACCGAGUGACAAGGCGACAGCUGCCGGUUACGUCGCAUCCCACGCCGGUAUUGAGAGCAGCCAGCUCAAGUCCGACAUUGACAAACUCACACCUGUCGAGGACCUGGUCAGGGAUGUGGAUGUCGGCUUAGUCGAACGCGCCGGGAUACCGCAGUCAUCUAACGCGCUUGCUAUAGCCCAGUUGGGCCGGGGCAAGAAGCGAAGUGCUCCUAGCACUGGGCAGGUCAAAGCGAAACGCAUCCGUAAAUCGAGACUACCAAAAGACUUUGACGAGAACAAGAAACCAGAUCCCGAACGAUGGCUGCCCAUGAAGGACAGGAGCUACUACCGUCCUCCGAAAGGCAAGAAACGGGCGAAACGUGGCGGGGACACACAGGGUGGCGCUGUGAAUGAAGAUUUGAACGUCGACGCCAAACCGGCAACUCCUGUCGCGUCGGGAUCAGGAUCGGGAGGGAAUAAAAAGAAGAAGGGCAAGGGAAAGAAAUGA